GUCAGCAUUUGUUAAAACUACUAAAAGAAGAUGGUGUUUGCAUCUUUGUUUUGUGUUUGUUAGUGUUUGGUUUGUGAAGUGUGUGUGCGGUUAAUUAACAGAUAAUACCAAUUUUAUGUUAAUGACAUAAGAAGAUUUACCGUUUCCCAACGAGCUUCCUUUAAUUAAUGAAUAGUGUCUGUUUUAUAUUUACCAUAAGCUUCAGUGAAAAAAGUUUACGCUAGGAAAUAGAAAAGUACAAAACGGUUUCUUUCACUGUACUUCAGUCGUUAGCCGGAUUCAAAUCAAACGAAUUUGUGCCCACAAUGCACCUCACAAUCAAUAGUGCACCCUCACUCAGCAAUGGUAACGGUGCUACUGUUAGUGCAGGAAAUAUUGGUAAUGGAAACAACGGUUCAUCGACUGGAAAUAGUGGCGGCUCUGCUGGCAGUGGUGGAAGUCUAAAUGUAUGUGCUCAAAAUGGCAACAGUCACUCUGGACAACAUGAAAGCCCAGGCAAUGGAGGUUCAGGCAGCGGUGCAAAUACAGGCAGAUCCAGUAAUAAUGGCAAUGGCACCAACGGCAGAGGAGUUGGCGAAACUGGAAACGUUAGCGGUACCGCGACCAAUGGCAAUGGAUCGAGCACGGGUGCCGGCAGCGAAAGUGGCCCACCGUCGGCGGCCAGCAUCUUGAACGAUACUUACACCAAAAUGACAUCAGAUAUCCUUGCGGAGCGGACGUUGGGCGACUUUCUGUCCGAGCACCCGGGCGAGCUUAUCCGAACCGGGAGUCCUCUGUUUGUGUGCACUGUGCUGCCCCCGCACUGGCGCUCGAAUAAAACACUUCCGGUUGCGUUCAAGGUCGUCGCUCUCGGUGACGUCGGUGAUGGUACGAUGGUAACGGUGCGAGCCGGCAACGAUGAAAACUAUUGCGCCGAACUGCGUAACUGUACAGCGGUAAUGAAGAAUCAGGUUGCCAAGUUCAACGAUCUGCGAUUCGUGGGCCGAAGUGGUCGUGGAAAAAGCUUCACGCUAACUAUUACUGUAUCAACAAGUCCACCACAAGUUGCUACUUAUAACAAAGCAAUCAAAGUUACGGUAGACGGACCACGGGAACCCCGAUCGAAAACAAGACAACAGCAGCAGUUCCACUUUGCCUUUGGACAAAGACCAUUUCACUUCCCGACUGAUCCGUUGUCUAGCUUUAGGAUGCCGCCACUAGGUAAUUGUCAGAAUAUGACCCAAUUCGGUCUAAGCUCCACUAACUCUCACUGGAGCUACAGCUCAACUGGUCCAUACUCACCGUAUCUCACUUCGUGCACAACUCCAACUGCUUCCCAGUUUAACAAUCCGUCGCUUGGGUUUACGUGUAGCUCGGGUGAACAGGCUGGUGGACAGGAUUUUUCCGCUUCAGCGCGUGACUGCGUUACAAUGUUACCGGACUCAACGGCUACCGACCUGGACCAACACCUAAGCAGCCUGGUUGGGGCAACACAACAAGCCACAAGCCACAUGGUGCAAACAAAUAUAAUCUCAGGUGGAGGAGGCGUUACCAAUAACUCGAACAACACUGGUGGUAGCGGUAGUAGCGGAAACAGCAUAACUCCGCAAAUUCCCGCUCAUUUGUCGAAUAGUCUUAUAGUACCCCGAUACGCACAGUCAACGAGUACUAACAAUCACGUCGACGCCUACGGACUAACCAGCAAUCAAAGUGAACCUCGUAGUUUAAGUGACUCGUCGCAAGCUGAAUCUCCUGUGCAAGAUGACUUACUUACUUCCAACACACCCAACCUUGGUCCCAGCAGCGGUCCCACAACUACCACCGGUGCUGGUAACAGCAGCGGUGUAAAUGGUGGUGCUAAUGGUGGAGGAAGCAAUGGUGGGGGAGAUGGUAAUAGCAAUGGACUACAUCAAAAUUUCUCAAACAUUGUUAUGAGCCAAAGCAAUGGAGGAUCCAACGCAUCCACAACACCCAACUUUGUCGGUUCGAAUGGGACCAGCAGUUGUAAUGGAUCACCACUCUACCCCGUCCUCCCAGCUAGUCUACUAUACUCACAGCUAUACACAGCUGCAAACCAAUCGGUGGGAGGAUUCGGACAUGCAGUAAAUCAUCACCAUCAUAUCCAGUCCACGCACGGAGCAGUGGCAGCUGCUGUUGCCGUUGCUACUGGAGGUAGUCCGGUACAAAACAGUGCAUCAGCCGCCGCGGCAACAGCAGCAGCUGCUGCUAUGCAUGCUGGCGAACUUCAGAGUGUUAUGGACCAUCUUACGGCUGGUACUACCCAAGCUGCGGCUGUUGCGGCAGCGGCCGUGUCUCAUCGACAUCAUUACCAUCAUCAUCAGACAGGAGCAAACCUAAUUGGUGGACACGGCCAUGGAAAUCAGAGUGGUGGUGUAGCGGUCAUUACUAAUCCUGAAUUGUCGCUCAUUGGAAAUUGCAGUGCAAUGGCCCGUGGAGCCCUCGACGAAUCAACUCAUCGAGUACUGAGUGGUGCUGGAGUUGUCGGUGGGCGAUUGAAUGGCCACUCCGAUAAUACUAGCCAGGUAGGACAGACCACCGAUAAUGGGAAUUCUGUCUGGCGACCAUACUGAAACAGAACUAUCGCGAGAGUGCCCGGUAUAACCACCAAUUUUAUAUCCGAGAAAACAUUACCAUCUCCACCAUCAUUUACUCCUAUCUCAUCUUGAUCCUCAACCUAGUGCUUAUCCAAUUCCUCAAUUAUAUAAGGUUGAUCAGACUAGUUAUAAGAAAUACGUUAUUCAAAAUGUACAGGUUUGAAAUGCAAAUGCAAUGUUAGCCCUGUAAAUCAAAUAUACAUUUAAUAUAUGAAUCAGCCGUAUAUGCUUACAGCCACGAAAAAGAGACGUGGUGACUGGCCAAUUAGUGGCACAAUGAUAAUCAGUAUGUAAAACUUUUUACGGAUGCUCUCAGACGAUAAUUUCAAUUUCUGCCUAAAAAUCAUCCAUCUAGCAAUAUUUUUCAUCGUACAUGGGGAAAUUGAGCAAGGUUCGUGAAGAAGGAAGCGAGUAGCAAAAUCAUCCAAUUGCAACAGGCCAGCAUGAAAAUGUUGCAAGGAAUUUUUCUACAUUACAUUUGUUUCGGCAGUGAUGUGGGAAUAGAUUUGUGGUCAAAUAAUCUUAUCGUUUGAGGGCAUCUAAUCGUUAUUAAUUAUGAAGCGAUUAAUUAUUAUUAAUCGCUUCUUGUAAAUAAAAAUUGGUACAAUUAUCCUGUUUGUGUCCAUACAGUUUGAUUCGUAAAAGUCUUUUUAAAAGCCUGUAGAUCCAAUUUCAUGAAUCAAAUGUGUGAAUAAAUGCUAAAUUUAACCAUUAGGAUUAAUUGCCUAUUAAAGCAAGUCAUUGAGAAUAUAUCUAUCAGAUAUUAAGAAACGUGAGCUACAACAACACAGAUAUAUUUUCAAAUGCGUGUCGAUGGGAGAGCGCGUAACGCAUAUGCACGCAGUUCGUAGUAUUUUGUAUAGAAUUAUGCAUGAUACAACCUAGUUUUAUCAAAUUCAAUAAAGGAUAUGGGUCCAUUCUUUAAGUCAAUAAAAGGUACAGUAGCAUUUCUAAACGGGUAAAUAUUUAGCAUAAAAACGAUAAUUUUGAUUUAAACGCUAUUAUAUUGGCCCAACAGUGACUGUAUAAAAAUGUUGUAAAAUUUUAAACGUUUCCAAUAUAUUUUUGUUGCAGCAUAAAUUUCAUCGAUUAUCUGGAAUUUAUAAUUAUUUGACUGGAAAAAAUGAGGAGGUAUUUUCCUAAAAUAUUUAUAGCAACAAAACCAACAUGCUUUCUCGAUCUGUCAGGUUUGCAGGUCUGUUGGGCAAAACGGGAAAGCAUUUGGAUUUUGUUAGUAGGAGUAUGGUUUAAAAAGAGUUUCAAAAUAUGCAAAAAUUAUGUUUUCAUUGAUACCAUUAUCAUAUGUCAUAUAUUUGUGGUACUUAAAAUAAUUCUACCAGUAUUCUGAAUGAAGAUUGCGUUUCUAGAACAAAGUGUCACUCAUUUUGAUGUUUUUGCAUUUUGCGAGCACAUAUAGCGCACAUGUGGACACGAAUUUAUACAGAGCCCGACAAAAUAAAAUGCCCACUACUUACAAUUUAACAUUUUUUACUCUUUUCCGUGAAAAAUGAAGUAAUUGUACUGCUUUAUGUUUUGAAACAUUGUUCGUGGCAUGCUUAAGAACGAGUAGUAACAUAGCAUGACAAAAAUGCAAUGUUUGCUUCAAGAAUUUUUUUUCCAAAGUUGAAUAAAAUCACUGUGCCAAACUAAAGUGCCCACUUUAUUCAUUUUAUAAAAACUAUUUUCGGAAAAAAUAUAACAUCAAUCAUCAUCAUAAUUUAUAUGCAAUCCUCUGGAAUUAUUGACAUGUUCGAGGAUUUUUGACAUAAUUUAUUUUGUUUUUAUUUGCACAUAUUUGGCAUUGCUUCUUCCUACGAGUAUUUCAGAGCUUUAACCGUCUUGCUUACGACCAAAAAAUUUUACGUAAUCGUACAACCGUCUACCCGGGUAGGGCAUACAUUUUGUAUGGAACAAUUAUCUUUUCCGUGGUUAAAAGAGUACAUCUUUUGAAUUUCUUCUAAAAUUUGAAUGAAAACUGUCUUAAAGGUUCAUAAUAAUAUUUUAUAACAUAUCGUAGUAAAAUUAGAAUUUUAAAAAUCCUAUCAAGAUUUUUUGCAAUCAAAAAUAUGUUCUAACUCCACCACCAUAACUGGCCACGCCGCAUGUUUUAAGUGGAUGAUUAGUCUUUUUCUAAGUUUUACUUACGUUUCUUUCAAAAGUUCACAAAAAAAGUUCAAAAGUUCAUUUCAAAAGAUAAAAUAUGCUCAUCAUGUUUUAUUAAAAACCGGCUCCGACCGGCUCCAGACAACUUCGGAACUCCAACCCAAUCCACGGCUCCAAAGCUGACUCCACUCCAGCUGCUCCGGAACCGACUCCGCACCAACGACUCCACACUCCACGCUCCGGAGCCGGUUUUACAGAUUGCACCAAAAAAUCAUUUUCAAUAAAGUUUCAAUCGGGAAGAUCCAUAAUUAGCUGAGUAUAUAAUGUUGAAAGGAAUCUAUAAAAAAAAUCGAUAAGUGUUGAACAUUGUUCAACAAUCACACAAUCACAUCGGGUGUUAGCUUCUACACCUGCGAGAAGAUAUAUUCAUUUUUUAGGCUAUCAUACAAUGCCGUCCCUAUUGAAACGUUAGUCCAGAGCCGUUGGUCCCGAGCCGUUGAUUCACCGCCGGCUCCGGAGCCAUUGAUUCGUCGCCAGCUCCGGGGCUGUUGAUGCGGACCCGGCUCCGGAGCUGUUGGUGCGGAUCCGGCUCCGGAGCUGUUGAUGUGGAUCCGGCUCUGGAGCCGUGGGAGCCGAGCCAACUUCGGAGCCAUUGGUACGCUCCAAAACACCCAUCCCUAUAAGGCAGUAACAUUAUGACAAAAGUAUUAAUGUGUGUGUGUUAACUUUCAGCCAAUUCUAUUUCGUUUGCUUGUAGUGGUUGGUAUCAUUUUAAAAGAGAUAUUUUCAGUAUUUCAAAGUAUUGUUACAUUGUAAUACAACAUUUGAAACAAAAGAAAUAGACAUAAGCAUCCUCUCAAAACGUGCGGCAUGGCCGGUUGGGGUGUUGGAGUUACAGCACAUUUUUGAUUAAAAAAAAAUAUUGACAGGAUUUUUAAAAUUCUAAUUUUACUACGAUAUGUUUUAAAACAUUUGUGUGACCCUAUAAGACAAUUUUUAUUCAAAUCUAACAAGUAAUUCAAAAGAUAUACGCUUUUAACCACGAAAAACAUAAUUCUUCCAUACAAAAUGUAUGGCCUACCCGGGUAGGCGAUUGUACAUGUGAAGGGUAUAUAAACUUAAAUAAUUUAAAAAAAUAUUUAAACAUUUUUGAUAUUUUUUAUAUUUUGCACAUGGGUGGAAAACAUCUUUUCUGAGGCAUUUAAAUCCAAAGUUAUUUUGUUAUUAAAAUGCGAGACUUACCCGGGUAGGCGGUUUUACACAUGACGGUUAACAUAUUUUGUUUGUCCUAAUCCUUUCCUUUCCUUACACUUGCAUCAAAAUUUGCCCACGAAAUCUCGAUAGGAUUAAAAUUAUGACUAAGUGGGAGUUAUUAAAGAAGUUUUAUUCGAUUCGAUUGAACACAAAUUAAAACAUUUUUCAUGUAUAGCUUGAGUCUGCUGUUGGAACGUUAAUUUAUUUACUAAAUCCGUAUGUUUCACAGAAAACAGAUAAAUUCACACAGGAUGCUUAUAUAGGUAUAAGCUCUUAUUAUACCGUCGAUUCAAACCAUGCUCCCCACUUCUCCUAUAGAAAUCCCCUCCCUGGUCAUCACAUUGCACCCUUCAUACAAAACAGUUUGUUGAAUCGCGUCUGGAUAUUUUUGAACAUCAGUUCUUAUUAGAACUCAUCUGUCCAAAUACCAGUUUUUCAACAAUCUCACGAUAUACCUUCGUGUGAAUCGAAAGUACUAUUAUGGCUGAUACCUAUUUUAACAUCCUUCAUCAAUACUUUGGGAUACAUCUUAUAAAAAAUGGGUUUUGAAAAAAACAUGCCAAAGAUCCUCGAACAUGUAAAGAAUGCGAGAGGAUUGCUUAUAAAUUAUAAGUUUGGUGUUAUAUUUGUUCAGAAAAAUAUUUUCUGUGAAAUGAAUAACUACUUUAUUUACUGCUUACUUAAUUUGGCACAGUGAUUUUGUUAAAUUUUGGAAAUAAAAAUUUUUCUUGAAGCAAACUUCUCUUUUUCGUUAUGAUAUGAUACUACACAUUCGUAAGCAUGCCACGAACAAUGUUUCAAAAAAUAAAGCAGUAUAAUUACUUCAUUUUUCACGAAAAAAAAGGUAAAAAAAAAUUAAAUUGUAAGUAGUGGGCACUUUGUUUUGCCGGCCACUGUAUGUAAAAACAACAUGGUAUAAUGAUAUGACUAGUAUUUGCGAUAUGUUUGUAAUAUAUGUGCAUUGAAACAGAAAAUUCACUUGUAGAAGAACCAGUAUUAAUAAAAGACACUAAAAAACACGCAGAUACUUAAUAAAAUGCAAAUUGUUAAUAAUGAUGAAGUUAUCAAAUACAAAGAGAAUCACAUAAAAAUAAAGGCUUAACAAUACAUUGUGCCUGCAGAGAUGUAACUUUAUGUGGAUAGCCAUAUGUUGAAAGCUCGACAAAACUAGACGAACUACUCCAUUUGAGAAACAACGGAAACCUUGCUACAGUCCCAUCGAUAGUUACGCCAUUAAAAUAAA